UUUCUAAACAAAUGAAACAUGUUGCUGGAAUUUCUUUUAAAGGUGUUCCGUCCAUUUUGUAAAUUGCAAUUACGUGCCGUUUCUAUCAUCACGUGAUAUUUGUGAAGGCAGUGAUUACUGUACUGCAAGGGAAGUAACACUGCGCGGAGUUUGAUCGAAAACAACGAGGUUGUUUUCGAUAAAAUGGCCGAGGAGCUCCGAAUGAGAAAAGUGGAAUGUAAACACAAGUGGUGUGUAGCCGAACGGUGACAUUGUUUUUCUCACCCCAGCAAAAUGUCAUCAUUGGUUUGCUAUUCAAGUUCCGACUCUUCAGAAAGUGAAAACGAAGAACAGAAAAAGAAACCAAGCUACCAAGAGACACAUUCAAACACUGAUGUGAAGAUAAAGAACAAGCUGCCCCUCCCUGAAGCUGUUACCACACUGUUUGGGGGUAGAGAGGAGAGGGUAGAAGAUUCGAGUCACCAUGGAGGCAGGCAGCGGUCCUUCAAACAUGAGCCUGGAAACUGGGCUACUCUUGUCUACAUCCCAUACCAUGCCGAAGAGGAGGAAAGUUUUGUGAGAAUGCAGUCAGAGUUGUUUGCCUGUUUAAGGCCACUUGAAUUCCACAGGAUGGAUGACUACCAUGUAAGUCUGUCCAGGACUGUUACCAUCAGGCACCAUUGGAUACAGGACUUCACCAAUACAUUGAUGACAAGCUUUGCAAAAUUACCUCAGUGUUGGUGCAAAGUGAAAGGUGUGUCUGUUCUCAGUAAUGAUGAGAAAACAAGGUCCUUUCUAGUCCUGGAUGUGCAAUGUGGGGAUGAAAUACUUCAGGACUUUGUCCUGGUGGUGGACAAAUGUUUCCAGCAAUACAACCUUCAUCCAUAUUACCAGCCCCCUUUAUUUCACAUGAGUAUUGGCUGGUGUCUUGGAGAUGUCUGUGAAGAUAUUCCCAGAAAGACCAAAAUGAAAUUGAAGGACAUAGCAGACACUGUCAUGAAAGAAGAUGACGAUUUGGAGUAUUUUGUUGUAAACUCAAUAUGUAUGAAAAUUGGCAACAAGACAUUCACAUUUCCAUUGAAAUCGAGCAGCUGAUUUACAUAAAUUUGUGUCUUUUGUAAAACUUCAAUAGCGCAAUUCAUUUUAUAUGCAGUCAUUGUGUUGUCAAACUCAACAGAGACCUACAGUUAAUUUUGUUUUACAUUUUAACAAAAAAAUAUCUUAAAAAGAAAUUAUAGACUGUCCUACAUUACAUACUAAAGGUGACGCCAAGGUGAUCAAUUUAUCUGUGCUAUACAUAUAUGUACAUAGACUUGUGUAAAUCUUCUUUAUUUAAAUGAAAGUAUGUAUGAAAGCUAGACCUUAAGCAUAUGACUAUCUGAUUAAACAGAAGUAUUGAAAUCUCAAACAACAACUUCUUUUAAGGAAAACCUGAAACUCCAAUAUUAUAAUUUAAACAAACAUUUCAUUUACAAUUGCAUCACAAGGCCAUGUUAAAAAAAAAUCUAAAAGCUGUU